AUGUUGAUCUCAAAUUUGGAAACCAUCAACUCUAUGAUAAGUGAAAGUGGUGUAAUGAUAUAUAAAAGUAGGAGUUCAGAUGACGAGUGGACGGCUAAGCAGCUGAACGGCGAACUGGAGUCGUCCGCUGGCUCCACGUACGAGCUGCAGCGCAAGCUAGUCCAAGCCGCCCUCUCCGCUGACUCCUCCGGUGCCGUCCAGUCCUCUUUCUCUUACGUUACCCCUUCCUCCGCCGUUUUCCAGGUGAUUAUUGGUGGUGCUGUUGGUGGUGGUGCAUUCAUUGGAGGAGGUGGAGCUGCAGCUGCUGCUGCUCCUGCUGCUGGUGCAGCAGCUGAGGCACCUGCUGCUGAGGAGAAGAAGGAAGAGAAAGAAGAAAGUGACGAUGACAUGGGAUUCUCUCUCUUUGAUUAG